AUGUUCCUUCAGCUCCUACACAUCGCCCAGGCGGGCCUCGCGGCAUACGGCGGCCAACAAUCGUACACGGCAGUCACGAACCUGCAGAAGUACGAGGAUGCAGCCAAGAAGGCGGCAAAGUACUCGAACGAGGCCCAACGCCAGCUGCACAAGACACGGACCACGCAGACAUCGGGCGCCCUAGCCAUCACAGCCUCCCUGCUGACGUCGCUCUACCUAUUCUGGAGGGGAGGACAAGGAGGGAUACUCUACCGAUUCAUCGCUUCGCCGGUCAUGGCGGCGGCCGUGUACUUUGCCAGGACACACAUUGCACAGUACUGGAGCGGAAGCAAGGGUGGGAAGACGGCGGGCGCGAGAGUGCCACUGCCCAAGAUGGGAGACUACAACGAGGCACAGAGACGCACGGAGGAGUUGCUGCAGGUGUUGGACUAUUUAAUGUUUUCAUGGGUUGCCACGGCCUUGGUCGCGCUGUUCAAGGGGUAUUGA